GUCGGCAAAGCAGACAGGAAGAUAUCCCAGGCCGCUACAGAGGGGAAAAAUUUUAACGGCUGGAAAGGAGGUUUCCAGAAGAGACAUCACCUUCUCAUGAGACAAGGAGUACUGUGGGGAAGGGACAGUACUUUUCCUUGGGACGUCCUCUCAACGUGAAAGCACCGGUAUCAGCAGUUUACACUGACAGACACGCAGACAAUUACUAACAACAGUCAACAUUUCUGCUGCAGCAACAUGAAAUCCUUGCCAGCUUUUGCUCUGGUUUCCAUGUUCCUCGUCUGUGCUGUGGAGGCCAGAAAAUAUGUCACAGUCAUUGAGCCAAACUGUGAGAAGUACAGAGAAAUGUUCCCAGCUUGUCCACUGAACUUCCGGCCUGUCUGUGGAUCUGACGGUGUGACCUAUGACAAUGAAUGCAUGCUCUGUUUCAUUAACUGGAAACUCAAGGAAGAUGUUGUUAUUGAGAAGCUUGAAGAAUGUUGAGCUAAAUCUCACAAGAAUCUAAGCAGUCUCCGGGUAACCAGGACAUCUGUGAAUCCAAAUCACAUCAAUUCUCAUCAAUUCUAGUUAAUCACCAUUUGUUUGCAAUGAUUAGCCAAGUAGACUAUUUACAAAAUGUUGACAUUUUACUAAAAAGUUUUGCACUGUGAAACAAUACAAUGUACAAUAGUUUAACUAUUUAAGUUAGUGAUGUUCACACUGGUCCUAUCCAACUCCUCUUUUCUAACAGCCAUAAUAAAUGAGUCUUUGCACCUCA